AUGGACCCAUAUUCAAUUGUCUUAUUAAGAGGAAACCACGAAUUUAGGAAUGUAAAUUGCAAUUACGGAUUCAAAAAGCAAAUAUUAGAUGAAUAUGAAUCAGAAAAUUUAUGGGAAGCCUUUAACAACGCUUUCGAAUAUCUACCAAUUCUUUGCACUAUAAACACUCGCAUUAUAUGUCUUCACGGCGGAAUUAGUGAGAAAUGUAUGGAUUCUGAAGUAUACUUUAGCCUCAAGAAUGGCUUCAAGUUCACUCCAAAGGCUGAAUCAAUGAUUGAAGACAUUGUUUGGUCCGAUCCAUCCAAUGUUAUAACUACGUACGGUUCCAACCAACGUGGUAGAGGUGUUGUUUUUGGUCAAGUGGCCAUAUCUGCUUUCCUCAAACAGUAUGAUUAUGACAAAAUGAUUCGUGGCCAUGAAGCAGUUGAUGGCAUUGCAAAGCAUUUCAGUGGUCAACUCAUUACAGUCUUUUCUACCUCAGGAUAUUCAGCAUACCAUGGUGGCGUAGCUUUUGUUGCAGAAGAUCUCGAAAUUCAAACAAAGAAGCUUCAUCUUACUCACUACAACAGGAAAGAAGAAAGCGCUUUCUAUGAUGUAGUUGUUCCUACAAACAACCCUGAAGAGAAACACGCAUCCCUGAAAUCUGUUUGCACGAACAGUUCAUCACCUCACUUCAAGCACUUGCCAACAAAUAACAAUGCCGGAGUUAAACCACUCCGCAUUGUUAGAAGCUCAGGAAGUCUUUUAGCGUUGAGAAAAACUCUCGCUAUUGUCAAACCAAAAAUUUAA